GCCAAAAACCAUCGUCAUAUUCCGUCAACCCAAAACACUUCUUCCCCAAUUCAACCCUUCACAAAACCCCCAAAAUCAAAUUCAAAAUCCCUAAAUAAACAACCGCCAUGACCGGAAACGCAUCAUCUCCGACACCGUCACCGUCACCGGCGCCGUUAUCCUCCCCAACGAUCUCGCGCUCGAUAACGCAAACGGUUAACGGUUCGCACAAAUUCUUGAUCCAAGGGUACUCGCUUGCGAAGGGAAUGGGGGUUGGAAAACACAUUGCAAGCGAUGUUUUCACCGUCGGAGGGUAUCAGUGGGCGAUCUACUUCUAUCCCGAUGGGAAGAAUCCGGAGGAUAAUUCUGCGUAUGUUUCGGUUUUCAUCGCGUUGGCGAGUGAAGGAACGGAUGUGAGAGCGCUUUUUGAACUCACGCUUGUUGAUCAGAGUGGUCAGGGGAAGCAUAAGGUUCAUAGCCAUUUUGAUCGCUCUCUUGAAAGUGGUCCUUAUACCUUGAAAUAUAAGGGUAGCAUGUGGGGGUACAAGCGUUUUUUCAGACGGACUUUACUUGAAAGCUCUGAUUUCCUCAAGAAUGACUGCUUGAAAAUCAACUGUACAGUUGGAGUUGUGGUUUCUGCUGUUGAUUGCCCGCAACUUAACUCUAUCCACGUCCCAGAAUCUGACAUUGGAUCACACUUUGGUGCACUAUUGGAGAAUAAUGAAGGUUCAGAUGUUACUUUUGAUGUGGCUGGGGAGAAGUUUCCUGGUCAUAAGUUGGUGUUGGCUGCUAGAUCUCCAGAAUUUCGAUCUAAAUUUUUUGAUGGCACAGAUAUGGACACACAGGAGGUUGUUGUAACAGAUUUAGAACCAAAGGUUUUUAAGGCCAUGCUGCAUUUUAUCUACAGAGAUUCCCUUACAGAAGAGGUGGACAUGGUUUCAUCAACAACAUCUAGUGAUUUUCCAGUUUCCGAGACAUUGAUAGCAAAAUUGUUAGGUGCAGCAGACAAGUAUGGCUUGGAGAGGCUUAGACUGAUGUGCGAGUCUCGUCUUUGCAAGGACAUUGGUGUGAGUUCCGUAGCCAACAUUUUGACCUUGGCUGACCAUUGCCAUGCCACAGAGUUAAAAGCUGUUUGCCUAAAAUUUGCAACUCAAAAUCUAGCUGCUGUCAUGAGAUCGGAUGGAUUUGAGUCUAUGAAAGAAAAAUGCCCAUGGCUACAGUCAGAGAUCUUGAAGACAGUUGCUGGCUGUGACGGUGAUAGUUGCAGUACAGGGGAAAAAUCUCAGAGUGUGUGGGCCCAACUUUCAGAUGGCGGUGACACAAUUGGCAGGAGAGUCAGACAGAGACAUUGAUAUCUGUUGUCUCGCAUUGGUAUCUCUGAUUCUUUUGUAAAUGAUUGAAAGUGAUAAUGUUAAAAGAAUGGGGAUAGGAAAAGGCAAAAGAGAAGGAAAAUCUUUUUCCUGCCAACUUCUCUAUGUUUCAAUAGAAAGUGCUUUAGAAAAAAGAAGGUAGACUAGAUGCUAUGCAGGUUAUGUAAAUGUCUCCGAUGGGGUGUAAGUUGUUUAGUGCAGAGUAGUUAUUGAAAAUGAGCUCUUCUGCAAUAUACUUUUGUAGAGGAUCCAAGUCCAUCCAUACUUUUGAACUGGAUGCCAUAGUUACGUGACUUUAUAUAUCCAACUGCUUUGUCUCUUGAUAUCCUUUGUUCAAACCCUAAUGUUUGUAGAACUAGGUUCAAUAGAAUGGUUGCUAUACCUUGUAAAAAAUAUUCAUUUUGUGAAGAUUUUGUUUUAUGCUUUCAUUAAACCUCAUAAAAAGUGUUAAUGUUUCUGGAUGGCAA